CUUCCGGUAACACACAUGGAAAAACUUCGACAGAUGUCUGCUAGGUCUACAGCUGUAGGGCAUUCGGUGUGAGUGGGCGAUUAUCUGAAUGCCUACUUCUGAAUGAGUGGCACCUAAGUGCAAGAUGAUUUACCAGACAAUGAUAAGUCGGACACACGAUGGCCACCCUCUGACGGCCAACACUGACACAACCAACCACCAACAUGGCUCAGAUGUCAAAGAAGGAUUAAAAAACAUGAAAUUUUUGUCAAGGAUGGCCAGUCGUUUUCAGGAUAGAUGUUCCUUUUACCUUGAUGCUGUCUGUGUACAUUUCAUAUCUGCCCUUGGCCUGACCUACCUUGUUGUAUGUGAUACCUCGUAUCCACCGGUACUAGCUUUCUCCUUCCUGGACGAGAUACAGAAAGAAUUUCUCCAAAGCUAUGAAAAAAACAAAGUCGAUGCAGUGACCAGACCUUACAGUUUGAUAGAAUUUGAUAUGUCAAUGCAGAAAGUGAAACAACGAUACAACAACCCUCGGUCAUUGACUACCAAGCUGAAUCUGACAGUGCUGAGUGAAGAGCUGAGGCUAAGGCCACCUUAUAUCAUAAGUCCCGAGCAGCUUCGGCCACACAAUAACUCAUAUAACAUGGACAACAACAUCAAGUCCAACACAUUUUCUACAUCAGCCUCACGUCACAGACAUGGAAGUUACGUGGCUAUGGGUCUGAGAACACUGUUGGCUGUAGGACUGAGUUUAUUUUGUGCUGUACUUAAUCUCACGAGAGGCCUUGCUGUAAUCAACGACGCUCAUAUUGAGGACUACGACAAUGACCACUACCAGUAUGCUGCGACAUUUAUACUCAACUGUUUACUCCUAGUUUAUCAGGUAUACCUCCUGUGUGUGCCAGUAAAGACUCGCAGACCACUGGCAUGUGCUACACUGUUUAGCAUUUGCCUUUGUCAGCUUUACCUCUGGGAAUAUCGUAAUAACUAUCUCAUCAUUUUCCACUUCAUUGUUGCUGUUUUUGGAACAUAUGUGAUAUUUAAAAGGAAAGUACAAGAAAAACUUCCACAGUAUACAUUAUGAUAGAAAGACUUCCACAGUAUACAUUGUGACAAAAAAACCUUUUAGUUGGGCAGGAUUUUUAAACAAUGAUAAAGAUCAAUCUUUAAAGUCAUGCUCUUGUUUUUAUUUAUCAUUAAAAUGAUGAUAAAUAACCAAAGCACGUCCAAAUCUAUUAUAGAAUAUCAAAUCCAUAUUUGAAAUAAAUCCUUAUAGAAUUUUCACCUUUAUAGCAAAUACUCAUCAUUUUAUCAACUUCCUGUCAGGUGCCGUCAGUAUUAUCGGGGACACAUGAUUGUCUAUCUUCAAAAUCAAAGAGUUCUACUUUCAAUACACAUAUCUUCAUAACAAAACCUAAGGCUAGCAGUAAGCUGUUUGAUUGGUGCCAGGUAUAAAAAACAGACCAAUCACUUGGCUGACACCUGAUUACAGAGGAGAUAUAGUCAACUUCAAAGCCUGGAGUCACGUUAAAAAACCUUCCAUUGUGUCAAGAUGUAUUCUAAGGUUGAAGAGAAGAUAUGAAGAUGUAUAGCGGAACACAGUAAUUGCCCUAUGUAUAGCGGAACACAGUGAUUGCCCUAUGUUUAAUAGAAUGUCCAUGUGGCCAAUGUGUUCUUCAAGAUAUUUUACUAUAAAUUUCAUAAUUUUUAAGAACAUUAAAAGUUACUUCUAAUUUCAUUAAAGAUUAUUGAUGAAAACUCUCAACAUUUGGAGAGCAAUGCUAUAAACUUUAACUUUGAUAUUAUCAUGUUGAUGGACUUCAGUGCAAUUUUAUCUACCAUAUACUAAAUACACUUGUCAAUUAAAACUUUAAUUGAGUAACUCUUUCAUCUAGUCGAUUGGUGAUGUGUUACCUUGAUAACAACCACUUAGAUACAGGGAAACACCACUCUUUAUCUGAGUGGUUGUUAUCAGGGUAACACCACUCUUUAUCUGAGUGGUUGUUAUCAGGGUAACACAUCACUCUUUAUCUGAGUGGUUAUCAGGGUAACACCACUCUUUAUAUAAGUGGUUGUUAUCAGGGUAACACAUCACUCUUUAUUUAGUAGUUGUUAUCAGGGUAACACAUCACUCUUUAUAUAAGUGGUUGUUAUCAGGGUAACACAUCACUCUUUAUAUAAGUGGUUGUUUCCAGGGUAACACAUCACUCUUUAUUAGCUCACCGGGUCCGAAUGACCAAGGUGAGCUUAUGCCUUACCGUG